CAUCUCCCUCGAUCAAGCUCUUGGUGGACGACCCCAUCGUGGUCAAUCCUGGAGAGGCCAUCACCUUGGUGUGCGUCACAACAGGUGGGGAGCCCCUCCCUACCCUCACCUGGGUCCGGUCGGUGGGGGCCCUGCCUGAGAAGACGGUCCUGAAGGGGGGGACACUGACCAUCCCAGCCAUCACCUCCGACGACGACGGCACCUACAGCUGCAUCGCCAACAACAACGUGGGGAACCCAGCAAAGAAGUCCACCAACAUCAUCGUCCGAG